CGGACCAACUUAAGUGAAACGCGGAUAGGCUGUUGCCAUGACGACACUAACAGACGGCUAGUGUUUUCACCACUGAUAUUAAACUGAAACGAAAAGUUUAGUGAUUCUAUAGUGAAUAGUUUUUAAUUACGUGGUAAAACAUAAUGGUUACACCACUCGAGUCUCUUCUGAAAUACGAUGAUCCGAUUUUGUUGAAAAAAUCAUCAAAGGGACGUACUCUGAAAGUGAGUUCAGAGCAGAGUAUCGACUCCACCGUCCCAGUUCCGCCGCCCCCCAAACCAAAGUCAGAUUCACCUGAUCCCAGAACUGAGGAGGUCCUCAAUACCAUCUUUCCAUCCAGGGAAUGGAAGGAGGGGAAUGAUGUCUGGGUGCAGCUGGUGUCCAGGGCACCGUGGACCCGGUCAGACGUGGUGGAGCUGGGGGCGCUGCUGGACUCGAGGCUGAAGGCCAGGCAGGCCAGAGAGACAGGGAUCUGCCCAGUGCGCAGGGAGCUCUAUUCACAGUGCUUUGAUGAGCUGAUCAGACUGGUGACCAUCACCUCUGUGGAGAGUGGUUUGCUGCUAUCACGGGUCAAAGAUGAAAUUCAGAUGACUCUUUCUGCGUACCAGAAACUGCACGAAGACGGCGUGAAUUUCGGCAUGAGGAAAGCCGUGCAGGCUGAGCUUCUGGGAAGAGAGGACAUGGGAAAAAAAAUUUCUGAUAUGGAGGCUGAGAUUCAUAAACUAACCAAGGAGUUCAACAUGGUCGAAGCUGAAUGUGACGCUAUAAAACAGAGUGAAACUGAAAAGCGUCAGGUGCAGGAGGAGAAGUUUGCAGGAGAGAUUCAGUUCCUCAGGAGAACCAACCAGCAGCUCAAGACUCUUCUGGAGAUGGUUGCUCCAUCAAUGAAGCAACAGCAGACGUGACUUCCCAUUCCACAGUGAAAAAUGUUUCUACACCUUUUUCUGUCAUUAAUUAAAGAUAAUAUUUAGAUGUAAACAUACACAAUUUAUUUUGAGUGUUUUUUUUUUCUCGUAAGCAUAAAAAA